UCGGCCAGCCUGGAGCCCCAAAGGCAGCGCGGAAACACUGGCGUCAACCCAGAGGGGUCGGUCUCAUCUCAUUUAAUUCUUUGUUUGAAAGAAGAAGAAACAAAAACGGAGGAAGGGCGAAGCGGAGAAAAAUAAUAUUUCCAUGAUUUCAAAUUGCCUCGAAUUAAUUUUUUUUCUCAUUUUUUUUGUGUGAAAUUUUAUAUUUGAAACAAAAAAGGGAGGAAACAGUUUUGAAGAAGGGAAAGGCAGCGAAGGACAAUGAAGAGGCGCAAUGCUGAUUGCAGCAAGAUCAGGAGGCCGUUAAAACGGAACAGGAUCACCGAGGGGAUAUACGGCAGCACUUUCUUGUACCUUAAGUUCCUUGUUGUGUGGGCACUGGUGUUGCUGGCAGAUUUUGUCCUCGAGUUCCGCUUUGAAUAUCUAUGGCCUUUCUGGCUCUUCAUCAGGAGUGUUUAUGAUUCCUUCAGAUACCAGGGUCUGGCUUUUUCAGUAUUUUUUGUUUGUGUAGCAUUCACAUCAGAUAUAAUAUGCCUACUCUUCAUACCAGUGCAGUGGCUUUUCUUUGCUGCCAGUACUUAUGUAUGGGUUCAGUACGUCUGGCACACAGAAAGGGGAGUUUGUUUACCAACUGUAUCACUAUGGAUAUUAUUUGUUUAUAUAGAAGCAGCAAUCAGAUUUAAAGAUUUAAAAAAUUUUCAUGUGGAUCUUUGUCGUCCUUUUGCUGCACACUGCAUUGGCUAUCCUGUGGUGACACUGGGAUUUGGCUUCAAAAGUUAUGUAAGCUACAAAAUGCGAUUAAGAAAACAGAAGGAGGUCCAGAAGGAGAAUGAAUUCUACAUGCAGCUCCUGCAACAAGCUUUGCCGCCAGAGCAACAGAUGUUACAGAGGCAAGAACGAGAAGCUGAAGAAGCUGCUAUAGCCAAAGGAAUCUCGGAUAUGGAUUCUACACAACUCCCUCAACACAAUGGAGGAAUUCCAGCAGGUCGAAAAUUGACGACAGCUUUACCAGAACUAGAAUACAAAGAAAAAGGGAAAGAUAAGGACAAAGAAGCCAAAAAACCCAAUCUUGGGAUUAACAAUAAUAUUUUACAACCUGUAGACUCAAAAAUACAAGAAAUUGAGUACAUGGAAAAUCAUAUCAAUAAAAGAUUGAAUAAUGAGCUUGUAGGAAGCACAGAGAAUCUCUUGAAAGAGGACUCGUUUACGGCUUCUUCAAAAAAUUACAAGAACGCCACGGGGGGAGUAAAUUCUUCACCCAGAAGUCACUGCACGUCUAAUGGCAGCAUUCCUUCUUCCUCUUCUGCGAAGAAUGAAAAGAAGCAAAAAUGCACUGGAAAGAGCAUGAGUGUACACAAGGAAAUAAUGGAAAACUGUAUACCCAAUAAUCAGCUCAGCAAGCCAGACACAUUAUUAAGGUUGGAACAGGACAUUAAGAAGCUGAAAGCAGACUUGCAGGCAAGCAGACAGUGUGAACAAGAAUUGCGCAGUCAGAUCAACUCCCUGACUUGCACGGAGCGUGGUAUCCGUUCAGAAGUAGGGCAGCUCCGACAGGAGAAUGAGCUACUACAGAACAAAUUACAUACUGCAGUGCAAGCCAAACAGAAGGACAAACAAACAAUCAGCCAGUUAGAGAAGAAACUCAAAGCAGAACAAGAGGCAAAGACUUGUCUUGAAAAACUACUGAUGGAAGAGAAGAAAAGGAAGAAGCUGGAAGAGGCAUCUGCAGCUCGAGCUGUGGCACUUGCUGCAGCCACAAGGGGGGAAUGUACAGAAACUCUAAGAACUCGUAUUCGAGACCUGGAAGCAGAGUGCAAGAAGUUAACAAUGGACAUGAAAGUCAAAGAAGACCAAAUCCGUGAGCUGGAAAUGAAAGUACAGGAAUUGCGUAAAUAUAAAGAAAAUGAAAAAGACACAGAAGUAUUGAUGUCGGCACUUUCAGCCAUGCAAGAUAAAACACAGCACUUAGAGAAUAGUCUGAGUGCUGAAACUCGGAUUAAGUUGGAUCUCUUCUCUGCACUAGGCGAUGCCAAACGACAGCUGGAAAUUGCACAGGGGCAAAUCAUUCAGAAGGAUCAAGAGAUCAAGGAAUUGAAACAGAAAAUUGCAGAAGUCAUGGCAGUAAUGCCCAGUAUUGCCUACACAGCAGCAACCAGCACUCUGAGCCCUGUGACGCCACAUUAUUCCUCCAAAUUUGUGGAGACUAGCCCUUCAGGACUUGAUCCCAAUGCCUCAGUUUAUCAGCCCAUGAAGAAGUGACUGCGAGCCUCUUUCUCCUGUCCUUCCUAUUCCCUUACUCCUUUCCUGAACUUUAUCGAUGUGGUGACAUCAUGCAAGAGUGUUCUGCAGUCAAGAUGACAAUGUAAUGUGUGACUGUACGUACUAGUUGUAGUAAAAAAAAUACAAAACAUGACAUCAUGGUGUCGACUAGAACUGCCCAAUGGCUGCUUCUUUUCCUGUAAAUUUUUAGAAAAUUCCCAGAACUUUGCAGUUUGUUUUUGAAAGUCUGGUCAGUGCAUUGGUCUGGUCAGUUUUUUUUCUUUUUUUUUCUCAUUUUAAUUUGAUUUCCUCUUGAAGAAUUUUUUUUUUUUUUUUUUUUUUAAUAAUUAAAGCAGAUCUGCAAACCCACACAUGCAUAAUGACAGGGUUGGAAACUUGGCAAUAAAUUUUAGAUUGAUUUUGAAUCAUUGUUGCUGACUAGCUCUUUCACUGGCCCAUUUAAUCUAUUGAAUCUACAACAAUUCUAACACGAGUGUAGAAGUUUAGAGCUUUCAGUAAACUUCCUACAAGAUAAUGUGCAUCGGUCACCACAGCUCCUCCACGUUUAAUAUUAACUUGCACUUCUAGCUCUAAACUUAUCUGGUGCUGUUAAGUAUAGUAAACAUUUUAACAGUUUCAUUACAUGCUGGAAAUGUGUAUUAAUUCCACAUUAAUCACAUGGAAUAAGGCUGCAGAAUUCAAAAAGGGAAGGGAUGCACUUAGUGCAAGUGUUAGGGAUAUAUGCAGUGCCAAUUAGACAUUGAAUUAGAAAAUCAAAUGUGUUAAUUAAAAUGUGUUGUAAUUUGUUUAUAUCCAACUUCUAGAUCCUGCUUUCAAUUGGAAGUUAUCCAAAAUAGGCCUAAAGAUGCCCAGAGAAAGAUGUUCAACCAUUUAUUGAAAACUGAAGUUAUUUGUAUGAGGAGGCUCAUCAACACUCACAUCUGCAAGUUAUGGUUUCUCUCCUUGCCCAGCAGUUACCCACAAAUUAUAAUAGUUUUCUGAGAUUAAGCUUGUAGUUCAUGGCAUCCUAACAAUAUGUUAAUGAAGCUGGUAUUAUUGCCGUAGGAAAAUCAUUAGAGUGCCCUUUCUCAUGAAUUAGUUCUUUUCAAGACAUUGUACAAAUGUCCAUGUCGUUGAAAAUGACUGGUGGAAAAUGAGUGGUUUGGAUGCCAGGAUUGGGUUUGAUACCACAUUUGACCAUUUUGGUAUGAGACAUCACAGAAAACCUGAGUAUUUGUCCAAAAAGGGCUUCAGUAAAUGGGAUAUAAAUGCAUUACUACCAUUUUGUAGCAAUCUAUUGUUUCACUUGUGUAACUGGACAGUUUAAAAGGCUAAUUGAUUAUUUACACAACAGGUUAAGCUAAAAUUACCCAUAUAAUUCUGUAUGUAUAAAAAGGCAUAAAUUUAUUUGAACAAAAUGUAUUUGUCACAAAGCUGUCUUAAAAUUUGGAUUGGACCUUGGUGGUUGUUUACCACCAAAACUAGAGGGGAAGAUCACAUGAUUUGUUUUACUGUAAAAUUUAUUGAAAGAAACCCUCUAAAGUUGCCAUUCCUUCAUCAAUGAGAGGAUUAUUAAGGUAUACAUUUGUGAGUAACUGAUUAGCUAAAAUACUAUCAAAUUUCCUUUAUGUUGCUGUUCUUAAAAGUAUGAUUAUUACUUUUAUACCGCACAAACAUUGCUGUGAUUGUCAUAUUAAUAAUGAAACUCAGUUUUAUUGAAAUUAUUUAAAGUAUUCCAGAAUAUUUCGCAUGUUACCAUUUCGGACCUAACCAUCCUAGGACAAAUUGGACCAAACCUGUAAUUAAUUUUAGGUUUUAAUGGGUAACAACUUGAAACAAUUAGCCUCAUGAUUCAGAUAAUUUUUUUUUUUUAAUGUUUGAUUCAAAAUAGUAGUAAUCAUAGUGCCUUCAAAUUUGUAGACAGAGGAAACCACAUUUUCAAUAUUGCUCUCAUUCUUUUCCUUUGUCAUGUUGAAAGGUCUAACUCAAAUUUUCAAUUAUCUCCAGUGAAGACUAAUGGACACGUUUGAAAUUAAUGUGUUGUGCUUUAUAAAACCUUCAGUUAUUGACACAGGUAUCUUAUACUUUACAUCACUGCCUCAAUUUUAAGUAUUAUUACAGAUUUUCUUUUGUUUUUUUUGCACAGGUCAGCAGCAGAGUUAUUGAAUAUUGUCUCUCAUUUACCACUUAGCAUUAGUGUGUAUAUGAACCCUUAAUUUCAUUCAAUUUGAAGAUUGUUGAAUUUACAAAUUGGACAGUGCUAGAUCUGCAGUAUGAAAUAGCACAAAUAAUCAUGAUUCAUCAGUUAAGAUCAGGUGUUAAUUAAAACUGGAUUAAAGACGGGCCUUUACUUUCUAUUAGAUAUUUACUGUACUACACACAACUUGGUGCAGAAGGCAAAAUACAGACCAAAUAGUAUGUAAUUUUAUCUUGAAGGAAGUAUUUCCAAUGUACAUGCUGACCUGAUGCUGAGAUAUAUUUUAAUUCUUCAAACCUUAAAUGCUUAAUUUUCUUCUCAUGAGGCAUCUGCAUUGUCAUUACCUGAACAGUAUGCCAGAAUAUGAUUUGUUAUGAGUGGAAUGGAGGAAGGCAAAACAUUUUCUAUUGGAAGAUAAAUAAUUUCUGAAACAGGCAUGGAAUUACCAGUGAAUACCUUGUUUAAAAUUAUUUUUUAUGUUAGACUUGAACAUAAUCUCAUUUAAUUUGAGUUCAUCCAAGUCAUCAAAGACAUAAUUUGUUUUAAAAUAAUGCCAUAAAAGGCUUUUGCUUAAGUUGUUACUGAAGUUCACAAUGUUUUUAUUUUGAAAUGAUUGCUAUCAUUUAAUAGCACAUCAUAGGUGCUUAAAAUGAAUAUAUUUGUAUAUGGAUGAAAGUAAGAAAGGACUGAAAUGAUGAAAAGUGCACCAUGCAUCCAUCCAAUUGCCCCAGCCCAAAAUUAAAGUCUUUGACCAUGUGGUCUUGUGCAUUGAAGUUGAUUUUCAAUUUUUACUGUCCAAUAAAAUGUCUUUGUCUAAAAGACAUGAUAGACUCAAACAAUUGCCUUUUUGCAAUUCCCUUCCCAAUCCAAUGUUUAUUCAAUUUAAUGAAAUACACUUUUGAGAGCAAGCAAAUAUUUGGCAGAUGUUUACCAUGUGGUAUUGUGAGACUAGUAUUCCGUUCAAAUCCUGUAGAAGUUGAUUUUAAUAAUAUUUAAUUCUGAAGCACUUUUAAUUUUUGAUUAUCAAAGAAAUACCUAGUCAUGUAGUCCAAUGGUCCAUAUGGUAUGGAUUUAUUUUGCAUAAUUCUAAAGUACAACCAUAUAGUGUCAGCAAAGGCUGUUCCAUUGUGGUAGGCACCUUCAUGUAUCAAGCUGUUUUCAAAUUCCAACUCGUAAUCAUAUAGGUGGGAAGUAGCUAUUCAGCAGUUCCCAUGAAAGUGUCUUGGUAAGUUACAAUGUCAAAAAUUACUUUUCCAAAAAUUAGCAUUCAAGAUUUUAAGCAGUGUUCUACAAUAUUGAGUAUUGAUUAUACUGUGAUAAUGUCCCAACCUAAUCCAAAUGGAACCAUGAACAAUAUCAGUCAUGUCUUCACAAGACGUACAAAUGGUUUAAAUAAAAUUGUUUAAAAUGCAUCCAAGUAAAAUGUUCUGGUCAGGAGCUAACUUUUUAACAUUGUUCUUGUCCAUCUAUAUGGAUGUGUUACCUUUUAUAACCUUGGAAAACUGAGUAUAUAGUUUUGUAAGCUAAACUAGUAGCACUGCUGCUGCAUUUUAAGAUUUUGAAAUCUACAAAUGUAUGCAGUAAUUCUUAAUGUCUAAAUGUCACUUUCCCUACCCACAUUCCUCUCUUAAUUUGGAUGCUUAUUUUGCAUUUUGAACUAUUACAGAGCACUUUGUAUGCUUGCAGUAGACUCCAAAUGGGUUAUCUUUCCAGAUUUUUUUUUGUGCUUGACUGAUGUAUAUCCCUUGGUUCAAAAUGGACACCCUGUUUAAAUGACAAAUUAGGGUUUUUCUAAGGACAGGACUCUGUUGCAACCAGCAAAUAUUGCUAAAUUAUUUUUCUUUGACUGAAUACUAGCUUAAGCCAGAUCAGAAUGGCUUUGGCUGCCAUUUUCAAUUUUGAAUAACCUUGUAUAAUUGUCACCAUAAACAAUGUUGCAGAAAAUUGUCUCAUGGAUUCUUUGAGCAUUGUGCAGAACAUGAAAUAUUGUCACUGACUUUUUUUUGUGUUGAAGUUAACAACAACCCCAUCUCCACUUGUUGCCACUUUGGCACUUCUUUAUAUAACUGGUCUUGGCUGCAUUCUCUUUCUGUGGGGUUUACAAGGAAUAAAUGUUUUUCUUGCAGAUGGA